AUGUUUUUAUUUUAUCUAAUAUUUUUGUUAUUUUUAAAACAAACUGAUGCAAGAAACAUUACUGUAAUAAGACUUGAAGAACUAGCUCCAUUAAGUACUAACAAUGAGUUGGAAACAAUUGCUGCUCAAUUCAAUCAAAAUCCUAAUUGGGAAUUAGGAAAUAUGCCUUUGACAUUAACUGAAGAAGAAGAAAUUACACCAAAUGAUCCAGAUGCUCCAGAAAUAUCAAAUAAACCUGGUUUAAUUAAAACUGGUCAUCUUUUUCAACCUGAAGACAUGCAUCCAUAUAGAAUCGAUAGAAAAGGCGUUCAUCCUCAUACUGAACAUCAUAUAUUUUUCGUUCGACAUGGUUUAUAUUAUUAUACUGAAGUUGAUUCAUCUUCACAUUUGCUUCGUUAUGGAAAAUAUCAAGCUCGAAUGGCAGGUGAUAAAAUUAAUGAAAUAAUUCAUAAUAUAUUAUCAAGAUCCGGACCAUUAACGAGACCGAUAAAAUUAGUAUCAAGUACACAAACACGUGCAUAUGAAACUCUUUAUAAUAUUCGUUUACAACUUAGUAAUAAUUUUGAAUAUGCACCAGAAAUUAUACAAGAUACUGGUCUUACUGAAUGCGUUGAUACCAAUAGACAACGUUUUCGUUGGCUCUAUUUUGUUCGUGAAUAUUUACAACCGAUUAAAUCAAAUAAACGUGAACAUACAAUAACGAUUAUAGCUAGUCAUGGAAAUCUUUUAACAACUUUUGAUUAUAUCAUUAGUCAUUUUCUUAGUCAAAAUAUACCUAUGGAAGCUUUUGCUACUUUUCGACUUCCUUUAGGAACAGGAAUGAAGCAUGCUGAAGUAUCAUUAUAUCGUACUAUUGGAGCUGAACGUGUUCAUUUUCGAGAGUCUUAUAGUAUGAUUCAAAUUCCAAUAACAGUUAAUCAUGCUCAUUUAAAAAGAGAUUUUUAUUAUGAAUGGGCUUCUGUACAUAAAUGUCGAUCACAGUAUGGUCGAGAAAAUAUGAAAAAUUAUAUUCGAGCAGGUAUAUUAGAUAAUGUAUUUGGUGGAGGUCCUUUUUCUAAUAAAAUGAAAGAUUACGACAGUAUUGUUUAUUGGGAAAUGUUACAAGAAUAUGAUACACAUAUAUUACCGAUGUUAAUGCAUACUUGUCGUACUUAUCUUUAUCGUUUACCAUUUAUUCAAGCAAAUACAGAUUUUGGUUCAUUCCAUCGUUCAAUGUCACCAGUACCAAUUCCAGAAACUGAACAAGAACAACGUUCACCAUUACAGAAACCAAUGGAUCGUUUUAAUGCUUAUAGUAUGCCAUUUUUUGUAGACAAUGCUAUUCAAAAAUUUCGAAAAAAUCCUGCUCUAUAUCGAGAACAAAUACCACCUGGUGUUGUUCAUCCACAAUCACGUGAUGAUAGUACAUCAUAUUUAACUCGUCUUGGUAUUAAUCAAAUACGUGGUGUAGUUGAUCAAAUACAUCGUACUAUUCAUGAUUAUAUGCAUAGAUUACAAGCAAAUGUUCGUAUAUUACCGAUAAAUAUAGUAGCUGAACCAUCAAUUCCAUCAGCUGAAUCAUGUUUUCAUGUACGAAAUCUUCUAUUAAGUGUUGAUUAUUCAGUAUCUGAACAAAUUACAGAUCUUGGUAUUCAAUUUAAUUAUUUUCAUAAAAGAUCUCCAAAAGAAUUUAUGGAUUUUCAACGUGUACAAGUUCUUUAUUUAUUACGUCGUUAUCUUGGACCUGAUCAAAAUGAUUCUUCACGACCAUCAUUUCAAGUUCAUAUUUUAUGUGGUGAUGGUCGAUUAUUUUCAGCAUUUCGUCAAGAAUUAGUCAUAGCUAAAAUACCUGUUGAACCAGUUCCAAGAUUUGCAUCAAUAUCUGAUCCUGGAUAUAAUGCAUUAAAACAUGCGAAUGCAUUUUUUUUCGAAGCUAUCGAUCGUGAUGUAUUAAGACUUCAUGAAACUAUAACUUUAACAGGAGCAAGACAGAUUUCAGAAGAGCAAAGAAUGGUUACAGAUCAUUCACUUCUAUUACCAUCACGUGAAUUAAAAAAUUGGUUACGAAGUUCAUCUGGUCCCUGUACAUUAUCUUAUUUUGUUGAUAAUACCGAACAAUUAGUUCAAUCAAUAGCAAAUACAGCUUCUGUUUAUCAUCAACAACUUGCUUUUCUACUUAAAAGAGAAUGGCAUCCAUAUCUUGCUGGAUUAUUCAUUUAUGCAUGUCGUCUUCAUCUUACACUAUCAGACACUACUAAUAUACAAGAAAUACAACCAGCGGCAGCGGCGGCGGCGGCAGCAGCAGCUGGUGAAAAUGAAGCUACAAAUCGAUGUGAUAUACCAGGGACAGCAGCAUCAGGAGGACCUUCAGGAGAUUGUCCAUAA